AGCGUUUGUAAUAUUACCCAGACCUACUUUGGCGCGUUGGACAGACCACACCACGUACCAUGUACUAGGCUGGCGAUUGGCGGGGCGCAUUCGGGUUUGAUACGCAUCCAUGCACAAAGGCCAGGAAAUGGAGUAAGCAGCCGCAGCACCACUGUUGAGCAUAUCUUGCAAUCAAGCUCACGAAACACUCAACUGCCAUCAUCACAUGUUUCUCUGAUAAACAUCCCACAAAGCAAGAAGAACACAACAUGCCGGGCGUUCGACCGGGAAACAUGCACCCGACAGCGAAAAACGCGUACAAGAACGAACGCCUUGGCAGUGUCUUGGUAUUGUCAGGGCGCAUGGUGAACGGCUCCUACUUUGGAGUUGACGAAUUCCGCACUGCGGCAAACAAGACCCAGACGCCUGCAGCAAGCCAACCAGAAGCCAAUACACGCGAACGGCUCACAACUACGUAAGUUUGCCAUGCAAACAAAGAUCUCAGGUCCCAUGGCAUGCGUGCAUGCAGCCAACUGGAUCGACACCCGACAGGAAAGCAGGACUAUUGUCGUGUCUGCUUAGCUACUUACGUGACGGCAAUCCUGACCACCAAAAGUGGAGAUAAGGGAAGCAGUGUCAAUCCCCGAGACCUUUCAAAAUGCAAUAACCCAACUAUCACAGCCGCCUGCUGAAUCGUUUCCGCAGCCUUGUUCUUGUCGUGUCCCAAUACCGCAGUACCGGGGGAGCUUAACAGGACUACACACUCCUGCUGCUACUGUUGCUGCUGCUGCUGAUACGCAAUAGCUGUCAACCGUGCGGGAUGUGUGUGUGCGUGUGCGUGUCUCCAGCCCUCCAUCAAAACCCCCUCCUCCCCCCCAUUCGCGAUCACAUCAUACCCUCGCCCUGCCCCCUGCCGCGUCCACACAUACACCGUACACGCGCGUGCAUGUGUCCUCCCAACCCCAAACACCUAGUACCGCGUACCCCAAACCGCUUGUACCCCUCAACACCUCAAGCCCCCCAAACCCCAAACACCUCGUAUCUCGUACCCCACACCUCAAACCCCCAAACCUCAACCACAUAAUUUCAAAACACUUCGUCCCUCGUCCCUCGUACCCCAAACCCCAAACACCUCGUACGUUGCACCCCAAACCCCAAACACCUAACCCCAAACACCUAACCCCAAACACCUCGUACCCCGAGUACCCCAAACCCAAAACGCCUCAAAAACCUCGUAUAACAUCCACCCUUCCUCUUCGUGUCGUAGCACACCCCAAACCGCAAACCUCAACAAAAAAUAAACCUCACACAACCCCCUCAAAGAAUCCCACAAAUCCCAAUCUCUAUUCACCAAUCCGCAACCACCACGCACCCGUGCCGCCGCCGCAGUACACAGCUCCGCGUGAAAGUGACCCGCCGCCGAGAAGGCCGCAACUAACCAACGCAGCUCCUCAGCCGACCCUGCAGCCGCCACAGCCGGCGCCGCUGCAGCUGCCAGAUGAUCCAGCACCGCCGCUGUGGUCACCGGCGUCAUCGGCUCCGCUGUUUCGCUGCUAG